UCUCUUCCGCUGCUGCUUCAACUUUCUGCAAGGGUUUUUGCCUGAGUCUUAUUUUCGAUCACGAAGAGCAGCAACCAUGGCGGACAGCAGCAAAGUUGAAAAGGCGGUCACCAUCCGCACGCGGAAAUUCAUGACGAACCGCCUCCUCUCCAGGAAGCAGUUUGUGAUCGAUGUCCUCCAUCCCGGAAAGGCCAAUGUCCCCAAGGCUGAGUUGAAGGAGAAGUUGAAAGAUAUGUACGAUGUGAAGGACGCAAAUUCUAUCUUUGUGUUCAAGUUCAGGACACACUUUGGAGGUGGGAAGUCCACUGGUUUUGGGCUCAUUUAUGACUCGGUUGACAAUGCAAAGAAAUAUGAACCCAAAUACAGACUGAUCAGGAAUGGACUUGCUACCAAGGUCGAGAAGUCGAGGAAACAGAUGAAGGAAAGGAAAAACAGGGCCAAGAAGAUCCGUGGUGUGAAGAAGACCAAGGCUGGAGAUGCCGCUAAGGGUGGGAAGAAGAAAUGAGCGGUGGGAGAUUUCUCUGAUGGUCUUAUUUUCAUCAUCUUUGUGCCUGCCAUAUGAGAUCCUGUUGGAAGCCUACAGCACUAGACUUUGUUAUGAAUCGAUAGGAUAAAUUUUGAUGUUGGUAGUUUUGAGUUCGAGUGCUGGAUGUUAAAAAAAUGUUAUUUGGUGAUGAAUUAUAAAUUGACAAAACUCAGAGUGGUAUAUUCCACAGGACAGAAAUUUUUGAAAUCUAGUAAAUUUAUUUCGAACUUUAUGUUUCUCAUAGCUGCUUUCCUGUUGUUUU